GUCACCAGGUUCAAUUUUACGGAGUACUCCUGAUGCAUCCUGACCGUGAAUUUGACAUCAAUUCACGGUCAGGAUGCAUUCCCCCUGUCACCAGGUUCAUUUUACUCCGUGUGUGUUUUACAGUUUUUGCUUUUAUCGGCGGAAUUUCGAACGCCAAGGAAAGAAUCGAAGCAUUCGAACAAAGUCGAGAAAUUUCGGUUUCUGUUGGGGGUGAUCGAUCGUCUCUGUCUUUCUCAAGGUGAAGGAAAAUAUUCAAUUUGUCAAUUGCCCUGAAUUUCCAAGGGUUACUGAUUUUUCAAAGAGGUUCUGCUUUCUCUUGUUAUAAGAGAGAGGGUACUGGCUCGUGGAGAACUUGAUUCCUACGAGCUUGGCGUCCUCUCUCGUAUUACAUUAUCUUCAUACCCUUGAAGCAAAGAAACCCGUUUUCUUUUUCUUGACGAGUGUGUCUAAUAUAUUGGAAUUUUGUGAAUGAGAUUGGAGAGGUAUCUUGGAGGCUCUAAGGUAGAAAGGAAAUCAAAGCCGCAUUAUGGGUUCUGUAUGCUGCUGCUUGCAUGUUGAGGAUUUUGAAGAAUAUGUAAACCCGUCAGUUCGCAGAAACUGUAUCUGCCUCAGAUGCUUUGUUCAGAAUUUCUUCAAUGUAUACACAGCAUUAUUCCAAAGAGGGGAAGUGCAUGCUCUGCCUUCAUCAAUUCAGGGAGCUACAUCUUUGACUUCUUCAGCAUCCCUUGAUAAUUCUCUUUGUGACAUGUACCGUUCUCCUCCAAGGCCCUUGCCUUAUGAUUCUGAUCCUAGAUGCUUCCGUUCACAACAAGAUGGAUUGAUCUCCAGACAUGAGAAGGGAUCAAGUCAUUUGCAUGAGGAGUCUGAACCACUUAGAAGUGAUGCUGAUACAGGUCUAGAAUCACCAAGCAUUGCAGACAAAGGGAAUGGGUCUACUUAUGAAAAGAGAUCAAAGGAGUAUCCUUCAGAGUCCUCAGUGAAAAAUCCACUGGAAAAAUUGACUAGUGGAAUUGGGUAUAUUUAUUCAUCAUCAGAAGACGAUGAUGUCUGUCCAACGUGCCUUGAGGAAUAUACUUCAGAAAACCCCAAGAUAAUUACCCAUUGCUCCCACCAUUUUCACCUUGGUUGUAUAUAUGAAUGGAUGGAGAGAAGCGAAAACUGCCCUGUCUGUGGCAAGAGAUGGUAAUUAUUAAUGCACGGCAGAAACAUCUUGGGUUAUUGUUGAAAUUGGCAUUCAAACGAAGGUGCUCUAGAAUCUGGACAUACCCUUUUAGGCACGGUAGCUUUUCUGCUAAACAUGAGGUCAAAUGUGCCAUGGAAGCUGCCACAUCAAAAUUGCUUUGGUGAUCUUGAAGGGUGCUUUAGAGAACGAAGGACGUUUUAUUGCGAUGAUGUUGUUUCCUCAUGAAUGGCCCUUUAAGACGGGACUCGGGAGAUGCAUGAGAAACAUCAUUUUCCUUCCUUCCUGGGUAGCACUAGCACCAAGAAGGUCAGAACAAGAUGGAUUUGCGAUCUUGAAUUUGUCACUGUGAAACUUGAUUGGAGGUGUCUACAAUCUACAUCCCAUUUGGGCAACUACUCUUCGUUUGAAAUCUCAUAGUUUCCAUUGCCCAAAUCCCAUGGUUGAAACUUGAAACAUCAAAAAUCACCUGAGGGCCUGAGGCCAGGGGAGAAAAAUGAACAAUAUAAUCCUGGUUCGACCCGUCUGAAGCGAGCUAACUUCUUGUAGGGACACCGGAGGCCGGAGGGCAGACGGAGUCCUUAGCAGCGCUCUAUGCCUAACUCUGUAGAGGUUGACAGAAAGCAGUGAACUCCAGCCCUAUAACCCUUUGUAGUUUGUAUUGUGGGCUGAUGCUCCAUGUAGGGAAGUCUAUGCCUCGUUUCAUUGGGAGUACAGGCCAUCCAUUCUAGUUCUAACUUCUGAAUUUGAAUGGGCUUCCCAUAGAGAGUUCUGCACAGGCACAUGGGAUGGGAGAUGUUCCAAGUGCAUGGGCUGAUGUGCCUGUGGGGCUUGUGUGGAGAGCACAUCCGAACUCCUAAGCUUUUAGCCUCAGAGGACAACUUUAGGUUUUAGUCAGCCGGAUGGAAAAACUUUUCCUUGAGAAUAUUGUCAAUCGUCGACGAGCCAGUUAGCCAACGGGCGAGGCUGCAUCCUGCAUCUAGCAAAUGUAAAUCAUAUCACUCUAGCUUUUAGCAUUUGGCACUCUCUGAGGGUUGAGUCAUCCAAUGCAAGACCACGAUAUUUUGCUUCUUGUGGACAAACCUGUUGUCACACUCACAAAGGUAUGACAAGCGGCAAAUUUGCCUUGACGUUCUCAGACGUGAGGGGACCUCAUUUGUUUUUCUAAAUAGAUAGAUAGAUAGAUCAUAGAUAGAUAUAUCUUAGAAAAAUAGUCUCUUCACAUAGCUACAUAAUUACAUUAUAGAACAAACCAGUGCUUUCCCUGUGGAUGGAAACCCAAGUCCAGGCACCACAUCACAUCAAACAUGGUUGGACGUUUGAAUUUGAUUGUUUCAUUCGCCAUGCUCACCUGCAAUUUCAGCGAACACAUUGACUCUUAAAGGAAACAAGCAUAAUUAGACCUUAAAACCAAAUCAGGAAGCAAAUCCAUAAUACCAUGACCGUAUCACUUUUUGUAGUCCACUCACCAAGUCCGAGAUGAUCGCCACUUCCCUCUUCAAUAAUAGUAGCAGAUAAGAAAGAAACAUGGAAUAAGAAUAGCAAUGACACCAUCCAGAAUUCUAAGUGACGAUUUGGACGGAGCAGAACAAGAAGAUGAUUGGGGUGAAUUCGUGUGCACCAUCGGAUUGUGUCCCGCAGGAUUAUUUCUACUAUCGGAUAACUUGAAGAUCGGCCGUCGUGCCCCCGUUACUCUGAAUAUACACAAUAUAAUCUUUGUACAAACUGGGUAUGCUAUACAAAAGACAGGCGGAGAACAGAUCUUUCCCAAACUGGGUAUGCUAUACAAAAGACAGGUGGAGUUGGGAACACUGAAAGAGGUAAGGCGGAGUGCAUCCCAACCAAUAAACGAGUCCAUUCCAUAUGUGCAGCCUAGUCAGGACAUCAGGCCAGAGAGACAUGAAUCAAACUUGGAGCCUUACCUAAGGAUUCACGCAAAGGGAAAGAGAAGUGAAGCUUCUUUGACUGUAGAGGGUGAGGAAGUAUUGGUUGUACCUAGUCCGCUUCCAUAGCUGAGUCCGGAAAAGGGGAAGGGCCUAGUCCUAACUCCAAGAAUUGAUACCCAGCAGCCGGUUCACAUGCAACCAUCUAUGCUAAUUCCAGGUAAGCCUGCCCAUUUGGUUUUAGAUACUAACUUGGGUUCUCUGCCUGUAACAGAUGUCUUGGAAUCCUAACCAGACCAACCAACUGGUAAUAGGGAAGUGGCUAUUGAUAAUGAUUGAGUCCGAUCAGAGAAGAGAGUUGGGUUGUUAAAAAGGAAACAAGAGGAGUUAGAAUGGAUUUGGGAGUAGAUUUGUGCCCUGUUGGAGGAAUAUAAACAGAAGGAGGAAAUGAUAGAGGUGGCUCUAAAAAACCCUGAAUCAGAGGCAAGAACCAAUAGAUUGGGGCAGGAAUUAGGAAAUAAAGGGUAGAAUAUGAAGUCAGUGGGAAACAAGGGUAGGAAAAAGAA